AAAAGACCAAACGAUCCAAAUUGUCACUUGAAGCAGCCUCCUUUUAUGGCUACAUCAUAUGGGCAACUGGCUUCAAAGCACCUCUGUUUCAAUCUGUGUUAGUACACGGCGGGAAACAGAUUUUUUUGCCCCGAAAACAACUUUCCCUCCCCACAAACGAUCUUCCAAUUUGUAUCUCUCGGCACAUUGCGAAACCCUAACACUCCUUAAUCUCCAUUUUCAACACCUUGGUCGUACAGAGAGGGCGAGAGAGCAAAGGGGCCAAGACUCUUGCUCUCUCUCUUCUCGCACCCGCCAUCAUUAUCCAUGGCGUUUGUUCCCCAACCCCAAGAAGCCGAAGAAGACACCAACGUCGACAUUCACACCACCCACGGCACUCCCAUUCGUUAUCUUCCUCUCGAUCAUCUUUAUUCUGCUACAUCCCCCUGUCGUGUCAGCGCCAGUGGUUCUUCCAACGUCAUGUCGAAGAAGGUCAAGGCCCGCAAGCUCAAUCUUACCCCCUUUGAGUUUGACCCUGAUCUUAAGAACUCACUUGCUAAGCCCCCUCUUCUUCACGUCUACUCUCGCCGCCAUAAGAGGCCUCGGCAUUCCACGGAGAGCUUGUCCUUUUUUGAUUCUUUGAUGCGCCAGGGUGGACCCACCUCGGAUAUUUGCAAAAUUGAUGAUUCUGGGGAGCACCGGGAGAACGACAAUUCUGAGGCUGGGACACUGAAGAAGAAGAGAAAAGCUGGAAGCGCGGAAUUGGUGAAUUUGGGGGUGGAUUUGAGCGCAUUAGGUACUCUUGACGUUCCUCGGUUGAGGGAUUGUCGUGGUCAUAAUGUUACUAAUAUCAGUGAUUGUGACUCUAGCAUGAAGAAAAAUCGUGCCCCCUUGGAAAAUUUUCCAAAGCUAUUGCCUGCAUCCCGCACCGUAAAGAGAUGGGUCAGGUUGACUUUUGAUAAUGCUGAUCCUGAGACAUUGGUUGGACUACGAUGCAAGGUUUAUUGGCCCAUGGAUUUGAAAUGGUACAUUGGUCGAGUCAGAGGUUAUGAUUCAGAAACUAAGAUACAUCAUGUCAAAUAUGAAGAUGGUGAUGAAGAAAACUUGAUUCUUUCUAAUGAGAAAAUAAGGUUUCAUGUUUCCCGUGAGGAGCUGAAGCAGUUAAACUUGAGUAGUUGUAACAUUUCUGAUUAUGAUGCGGAAGAGCUGCUUGCCUUGGCUGCUAGUUUAGACAACUGUCAAGAGUUUGAACCUGGUGAAGUUGUAUGGGCCAAGCUAACAGGCCAUGCAAUGUGGCCAGCUCUUGUUAUGGAUGAAUCGCUUGCUGGGAAUUGUAAAGGUUUAAAAUUGUUUUCGGGUGGAAGAUCCGUUCCUGUGCAAUUUUUUGGCACACACGACUUUGCAAGGGUUAGACUGCAGCAGGUGAAAUCAUUUCUCACUGGGCUUCUUUCUCGUCUACACUUGAAGUGCAAGAAACCUCAUUUUUUUGAGGGACUAGAAGAGGCAAAAAUCUAUUUAAGCAAACAGAAGCUUCCUUCUGAAAUGCUGCGCUCACAGAAAAGAUGCAAGGCUGAUGACUGCAAAAAUGUGCAUGGAGAGGACGAAGGAUGUACAGAUUCAGGUGAAGAUUGUUUAGACGAUGGAUGGGCCCAGACAGCAUUGAAAAACAUUGAAACUUCUCCUUAUGUAGUAGGAGACUUGAAAAUUUUAAGCCUGGGAAGAAUUGUGCACGAUUCUGCUAGUUUUCGAGAUGGAAGUAUAAUCUGGCCAGAGGGCUACAUGGCAGUGAGGGAGUUUACUUCAAUCACUGACCCAAAAGUUUGCACAUCAUAUAAGAUGGAGGUGUUGAGAGAUCCUGAGUCAAAGGUUCGACCGCUUUUUAGGGUGACACUGGAUGGUGGAGAGCAGUUCAAUGGUCCCACAGCAUCAGCUUGCUGGAAUAAAAUAUACAAACGGAUAAAAAAAUUGGAAAAGGGUGCUUCUGAUGUUUCCUCUGCAGAUGGUAGGCUUGUUAGGGACUAUAAAUCAGGAGCUGAUAUGUUUGGUUUUUCGAAUCCUAAAGUUGCUAAACUUAUACAGGGAUUAUAUAAAUGCAGCACCUCUUCCAGAAACUUAAUGUGCAAGAUAGGUUCUGGUAGAUAUGGUGAUCUGCCUGUUGGUUAUAGACAGGUUCAUAUUGAUUGGUUUGACCUUGAUAAGUGCAAUGUGUGUCACAUGGAUGAGGAAUACGAGAACAAUCUGUUUCUGCAGUGUGACAAAUGCAGAAUGAUGGUCCAUGCCAGAUGUUAUGGAGAAAUAGAACCUUCUAAUGGAGUGCUAUGGUUGUGUAACCUAUGUCGUUCUGGUGCUCCCUCCCCCCCACCACCUUGCUGCUUAUGUCCACUGAUAGGAGGUGCAAUGAAGCCUACAACAGAUGGUCGAUGGGCUCAUUUGGCAUGUGCCAUGUGGAUACCUGAAACUUGCUUAGCUGAUGUCAAGCGGAUGGAGCCUAUUGAUGGGAUAAGUAGAAUCAGCAAGGACCGCUGGAAAUUGUUAUGCAGCAUUUGUGGGGUGCCUUAUGGUGCUUGCAUCCAGUGUUCAAAUAAUUCUUGUAGAGUGGCAUAUCAUCCGCUUUGUGCACGGGCGGCUGGUCUCUGUGUUGAGCUUGAGAAUGAGGACAGGCUCUAUCUACUUUCUGUUGAUGAUGAUGAAGAUCAGUGCAUUCGCUUGCUCUCUUUCUGCAAGAAACAUAGGCAUCCAUCAAAUGAUCAUUCUAUUGCUGAUGAACGCAUUGGGCGAGUUACCAGUCAAUGUUCAGAAUAUAAACCGCCACCCAACCCAUCUGGUUGUGCUCGCAGUGAACCAUACAAUAACUUUGGCAGGAGAGGGCGAAAAGAACCCGAAGCGCUUGCAGCAGCAUCCUUGAAACGCUUGUUUGUAGAAAAUCAAUCUUAUUUGGUUGGUGGACAUUGCCAGCAUGGGGUGUCGGACAAUGUAGAUCCAUCUGGAAGAGGGGUUUGCUCUAAAUUCUUUUGCAGCCAACAAAGGCUGAAGACCUCUCUGGUUGAUGCUUCAAAUGGCAUACUUUCUAUUGCUGAGAAAUAUAAAUACAUGAGGGAAACCUUUAGGAAAAGGCUAGCAUUUGGGAAAUCAAGAAUUCAUGGAUUUGGCAUCUUUGCAAAGCAUCCAUAUAAAGGCGGGGACAUGGUGAUUGAAUACACUGGUGAACUUGUUAGGCCUUCCAUAGCUGACCGGAGAGAGCAUUUUAUAUAUAAUUCUAUGGUGGGUGCAGGAACAUACAUGUUUCGGAUUGAUGAUGAACGAGUCAUCGAUGCUACCAGAGCAGGAAGCAUUGCUCAUUUGAUUAAUCAUUCUUGUGCACCAAAUUGCUACUCAAGAGUUAUCAGUGUCAACGGUGACGAGCAUAUAAUAAUCUUUGCAAAGCGGGACAUUAAACAAUGGGAGGAGCUCACAUAUGAUUAUAGGUUUUUUUCAAUUGAUGAACGAUUAGCCUGUUAUUGUGGCUUCCCAAGAUGCCGAGGUGUUGUAAAUGAUACAGAGGCAGAAGAGCGAGCUGCAAAGCUAUAUGUACCGCGGAGUGAAUUAAUAGAUUGGGGAGGAGAAUAAGCUUUACGGUAUCAUAGCUGUCGCACAGUAAUCAAUGUACUCUCUGCCGACAUUAUCGACCCCACAAAGCCUGGGCAAUCAAGGGCUCUUUUCUUCCAUGACGACGAUGACAGAUUCUUUCCCUCAGAUAGUGAUAGGGCAUAAACUUAAGGAGAGCCAUUAUCACUACUGGCGCCAGAGAAUGCUCCUAUUCAUUAGAGGGAGAAGAAAAGGAAAGUGCCUCACAGGAGAGGCUAUUUGGUCCAAGGAAUGAGACAGAGAUGGCUGAAAAUAACAUGAUCAUGUCAUGGUUGGCCAUUUCCAUGACUUUGGAGAUAAGCUUGCCAAGACAACCAGCGGCCAGGUUGACGUUCUCCUCUAUAGAAAACAUCCCUUUAUUCCAACUAAAGAGCGUGAACUCAAGCAAUUUGACACGACUUGAUGUGAAGCUAUGGGAGCAAAUUGACAUGUUUUGACACAUCAAUGGGUUUCUAGCACUGACCUAAUGGAUUACAAGCAGAUUGUGGAUAGAGGGAGAGGACUUAUGGGUUCCUUUUAGGUCUAAACUCAAUGUUUGAUGAGGUAAAGGGGAAAAUCAUGGGGACUUGUCCAUUAUCUUCCUGGCAUGAAGCUUUCGACUUUGUUUAGUGGGAGGAAAGUAGAAAGCAAUGAACAUAAGGAGUGUCAUCUAAUCUUAAUCCUAAUCUAGAAUCAGUAGCCUUGGUGUUAAGAGGAGGACAAUGUCAAAUCGAAGAGGAAACAAGCAAGCUAAAUGCAAAUGGUGUGAUCGUUGUAACAAAAAUGGACACAUCAAUGAGGUAUGCUAGAAGCUCCACGGAAAGUUACCAAUUUUGAAGACAAAGCUGAGGCCAGCAGGCAGAGGGUAUGCUGCAGAAAAGGAAGGAAAAUCUGACAUUGAUUUAGGGAAACUAAGCAAGACGUGGAGAUCCUGAGGAGGCUUCUUGGGAGACAUAUUUAGCUAGGUCCCCACCCUAAAAGCAAAGUAUCAGCGGAAAUUUGACAGAAAUAGGUAAUUCUUCUGCUUCUCUCAGUGCCAAGAUUAUCCUAAUAAACACUUGGAUGGUAGAUUCAAAUGCAACGGAUCAUAUGAUUGGUAAUGUAUCUCUUCUCAAAGAUAUUAAUGAAACACUCACUAAGGUACAAGGAAUUGGUACUCUAUGCAUCUCAUAUGUCUCAUGAGCCGUUUCUCUCAAGUAUCAACAAAUUACAAAGAUUUUGGCAAUAGAGAGGAGGCUUAGGUUCGCCGGAAUUGUACAAUCUUCCUACAUUGCUUGGGGUUUUGAUAUUGUAGAAUGCUUCUUUUAAAAAGGUUGCCUUAAAUGCAGGUAUGAGGAGUUAAGCAUCUUUGUUCUCUUGAUUGUGCUGUGUCCUUUGAUUCCUUCGAAGAUAUCUCAUCCUCCUUGCAACGUUUUGUCUUUCUAAUUAAUGUCCUUCUCAGGCUGAAAUUUAGGGCUUAUGGUAUACUAUGGAAUUGGUUUGUUGUGACUGCUUUUAAUCUAACCAUUGGUUUUCUUUCUUGGGUUCGAGUGAUCACAAGUUAUAUAUGAACUAUGUUACGAGGCUGGAUGCGAGAUGGGCUCUGAUAAUAUUAGAUAUGCAAAAGCCAAUGGAUGACAUGGUCAUGGUGAUGCGAGGAACUUAACAUGUGGAUUAUUUGCAUUUCAAGGAGAUUGACUUAAGUUGGAGAGACAGGUUGAGGGUGUGGGACUAACAUGUAAUAAGCAGUUUCUAGUUUUGAAACAUGUGAAUCUUUCUGUAGAACUACUCUGCUGAAUAGUGCUGUAAUGGAAUGAAGGAUCCAUUCUAAUGAAUAUUGAUGAAUAUUCAUAUAGUCCUAAGUUGUGCAAUAAAUAUUUGUCAUUUUA